AUGAUGGGUGUUGUGCUACUUAAACUGCAAUCCUAAUUCUACUGACAUGGGAGUAAGCCCCACUAAAUUUAACAGGACGUACUUCUGAGUAGCCAUCGCCCUUAAAAAACAAUAGGCUGCCUCCAUGAAUGGCUUAGUGGCGUGUGAUUGGAAGAGGAGACACCGUGAGCGCUAAAACAGAGCGCGCCGCAAGACCUGCCGGGAAAUGUAGUUUGGGGAGGCUGGAGGCGGGAUGGGAGCUGCAAUACCGGAAGCUAAUAGGCAGCCGGGAAGCAUCUUGGGCGAGUGCUGCUCCUUCCCAGGUGAGUCCACCGCAAGUCCACCUCCAUUCCCUCGACGUAAGAGGCUUGCCCUGAGCUCAGGCGCUUCAGACCAUGGUCUCUCCCCCAAAUUCUGCCCAUCCUCCUCGGCCAUAAUUUUUCUCAGGGUUUCACAGCAUUGCCUGCCUUUUAACUCGCUUUGAUCAUCAAGCCUGCAUUGUGAAUGUUCUUCGUCCUUUUUCUAUUGUCUGGUCGGCUUGCAAUAUAGGAAGGAAUAGUAGCUAACCGAUCGCCCUCUUAGCCUGGGUGCUAAUAGGAGGCCCUCUCAAAUAUGUACAGUAGUUGAGGAAGAACAUCCAAAACAGAGGGCAUGACUCCAAACAGUCCUUUCUUUGAAGGCUGUUAACUCCUGGUCUCUAUCAAACCAUUGUUGCUUCUGAGAGGUUUGAGUGCUUGUGGUCUGAUACCCAGUUUUCUUCUCUGUCUUCUGUUGUUACACAUUAUUAACUCAGAUGCUGUGAUUUUAUUCCAAGCUGCCAGUUAGAGUAUGAAAGUCUCUUUCCUCCCCCACUCCGUUCCUGCUAUCAUCAUUUUCUUCAGAUUAGUGGGCACUGUGCUGUGUUAGUUAUAGCUGCAAGAUCUGUAUCAACCCCAGAUGUUCUACACACAUCCGGCCUUUGAAACAGAAUUGUCUUUUUGCUCCAUUCAGUGGCUUCUGUCUCUUUAAGGACUGUGUUAUGGAUAAGUUUGUUAUACGAAAACCCAGAACUGAAGGACACCCUAAGGAGAAAGAUCCUGGAGAAAAGAUUUACAAGCAAGCUACUAUAGAAUCUCUGAAGGUAAGAUAUUGGAUAUGCCCAAAUUAUUCUAAUUUCAUUAAAUGUCUACUGUAAUAUGUUAUGGCUGUCCUUUUGUUUCAUAUAGCUUGACAGUGUUUCUGAGUGUACAGAUAGCGAAGGCGAAACUUAGUCAAGCAAAGGAGGAGGGUUAUUGGUUUGUUUUCGUUUUAUUGUGUAUUUUGUGUUUUCCUUUCAUUUCUUGAUGUUGUGAACCACCUUGUGAUCUUCAGAUGAAGGGCAGUAUACAAAAUAAAUAAAUACUAGCAAAGCAGAAGUUAUUUUGAGAGAUAGGUAGGUACAAAAUCCUAUAGGGCAAUAAGUACUUGAGACUGGGUGGGUGUACUUAGUCCCUUCACAGUUGUUGGAACAAAAUCAUUAAUUAACAUGUUGCACAGUGAACAAUUAAGGUCCCCUAAAGUAGUCAGAAACACAUCUUUUAUAGUAUGGGUUGGAUCCAGAGAAAUGUGGGCAGAAGUGGUUGGGUGCAAGAUGACUUCCCUGCCCUUUCUUCUCCCUUUCCCCUUAGCCUUAUAUGCCUUAACUCACCACAUUCAGCAGGGUGUCCGUCCCCCCCACACCUUCAGGAGAGGCUUGAGGGUUCUGUGGGGAUGUAUCUGACACUGUGCAUGCAGUUUACAAACCAUUCCUGCUAGAGAGGUCCUAAUGCGGUAGUUCAAAAGCUUCAGUGAAACUGCUUUGAUGAUGCACUUUACUUUGACGAGCUGGACUACAGCGUCUAUCAUCUCUUGAUUACAGUGGUGCCCCGCAAGACGAAUGCCUCGCAAGACAGAAAACCCGCUAGACGAAAGGGUUUUCCGUUUUUCAAUGCGCUUCGCAGGACGAAUUUCCCUAUGGGCUUGCUUCGCAAGACGAAAAUGUCUUGCGAGUCUUGAGAUUUUUUUUCGCUUCCCCCCCCCUUUUUCUAAGCCGCUAAGCCUUUAAUAGCCUUUUAGCAGCUAAGCCGCUAAGCCUUUAAUAGCCGCUAAAUCGCUAAUAGCGCUAAUCCGCUAAGCCGCUAAUAGGGUUGCUUCGCAAGAUGAAAAAACCGCUAGACGAAGAUACUCGUGGAACGGAUUAAUUUCGUCUUGCGAGGCACCACUGUAUUGGCCAUGCUGUCUGGGGCUGAUGGGAGUUAAGGGUCCAACAGGUGCUAGAGGGCCACAGGUUCCCCUCCCCUGGUAGAAGGAGUGGGUCCAAAAUGGUGAAGAAACUGCAAGAAGUCCAUGUAAAGGCUGACAACAAAAAGCGCUGCAUUAGUGAAGUAAAAAGUUAGCUUACAGUGGACCAAGUCAGGAGUGGGGGGGGCGGUUAUAUUUGCUUGAGAUGUUUGGCCUACUGAGAUUUGGAAUGAAGAAUUUGGAUGAUGGGCUGUGGCUUGAAAAAAAUAUUUGGUAAGUGCAGGGAUGACCUUACAUUGGGAUGAGAUGAAAAAUAACAGCUGCUAGUUGACAAUACAAUGAGGUGUUUUCAUGUUUUGUUUUAAAAAAACCCUGCUUAAAACACUCACUUCAGAAUAGUAAGUGGAUUGAAGAUGGCAGUCUAAUGAGUUUAUUUUGCUUUCUAGAUUUCUCUCAUUUGCUUCACAUCAGGGACUCACUGUGAAACAAGUAUUCGUCUGUUUGGAUUACCUAGGUUUCCUGCACUUAGUCUACCUGUCAUAUUUAAUAAUUCAUAAGUCAAUAGCAAUCAUAUUAGCUGACACAGAAUACAGUACAUUUAUCUGCAAUAAGUUAUGUGUGCCUCUUUCUGUCUCCUAAUGAUGAUUGUUCUUUGCAGAGAGUUGUGGUUAUAGAAGAUAUAAAAAGAUGGAAAUCUAUGCUAGAGCUUUCAGUUCAGUCUAAGGAGAAUCUAAUUGAAGCCUUAAUGGAAUUAAAGAAGAAAAUACCCUCCAAAGAAGUUUUACUUUCAACAAAAAUAGGUAACAUUCUUUUUUUUAUUUUCCAUUGCAAGUAUGUAUGUGGUUCAUUUGAAUAAACUGAGACCUAUCAGUUGUGCUCAUUUUAAAAAUGCUUGCAUGUUGAAUAUAUAAAUAAUGUGAGCUUAAACCUGACUGGCAUUUUAAGUGUCCAUGUUAAAGACCUUUCCCCACUCUCUGCCCUCGCUGAACUUAUGCUAAGCUGUCUUAGUUGGUCAUUAUACCUCUAGCAGUAACCAAAGUUACCAAGGCAGCUUUAAAUAUAUUUAAAUACAAUGAAUUAGUCAAGAACUCGUAUGGAGAAGUGAAGAUGUAUACAGAUGUUCCAGUUGUCAUAAUUGCUGUGCUAAAUCUCUGGGCUUAAUAGCAGGCUUUGGUGGAAAUAACACUGGCCUGGAAACUGCUGGCAAAGCAGCCAAAUGUCAGUCCAUCUCAUGGCAAGUCUUUUUCACCCAUGUUACUGAUUCCAGGUGCUUCCAAGCUUGCCUUCAGUUUUCAGAAGUUUCAUUCAUACUAAUAUGUAUUAAUGUGUGCUAAGAGUUUGUGUUGCUGUCAUCUUCUGCAAGGUCAUACAGUGAACAAGAUGCGCAAGCAUUCAGAUCAGGAUGUGGCCGCUCUUGCCAAAGAAGUGUAUACUGAGUGGCGAGCAUUCAUCAAAGACCAUUCAAAUAGACCCUCAAUAGAAGUGAAGAGUAAUCCCAGGACAGAGAAGCUUAGGCAGAAUGCACAGAAGCUACUUGCUGAAGCUCUAGAGCUGGAGGUACUGUGUUUUUUAUUACUCAUUUUCUGAAAAUGGCUUUGAAUGAGAAGCAUUUUUAUUUACAAAGUUGGGGUGGUUCUGUUACGGAUUUAGGGCAGAUGCCAGGAAUUCAAAAUGGAAAAGUGCUGAUCUUAGUGACGAGAGGCAUAAGGUUUAAAUUCUAGUUGAACUUCCUAGUGGAUAUGAGUCUGUAUUUACAUUUUGCAUGUUGUACACAUAACAGCAAACUGAAUGAUUUGCAACUUACUUUUUUUUAAAUAAGGGGAACAGUGUAUAACCUUGCCUAUAGUAAUUUAAUUAUUAUUUAUGUAACAUUAUGUUAUUUUAUUUACACCUUGCCUCUUCCUCCCAAAGGAGCCCAAGUUGCAACAGCAAAACAAAACAAAAAAUGUUCUGAAACAGUUAAAACAUAAUCUCAUCCAGUGAUUUCAGGGUUGUCAGGAAUGGCUGGGUAUUAAAGGCAGGCAGCCUGCUGAAAUAUAGGGAGAUGUUAUUAUUUUCUUCAUGAGUCUAGGCAGCAGAUUUCUUGCUCUUCUCAGAGAAUCAUGGUGAUGGAAAGCACUCCAAAGGUCAUCUAGUCCAACCCCUUGCUGAUGCGGGAAUUCUGCUGCAUAGAAUUGUAUAGAAUGUCAUGUGCCAGCAAGACUAUCUGAUUUUUAAAAAAGGUUUAAAGCCCUAUAUGUAAGCGUGUUCACUUAUAUGUUUCCCCCCUGAAUUUUUUUAAGUUUCAAAGCUGCGUCAGGGAUUAUGUGUGCUGAUUAGCAUCAUAGGCAAUAUCCAGUCAGCACUAUCUAUAGCUGGCUUUUUCUCAAUGAAACUGAGACACCCUCAAUUUACAGAGCAGGAUUUUUUUCCUAGAAAUAAAACUAAUGUAGAUUUUAUAUUGAAUGCAAUGGGUGUGUUUCCAACCCAUCCCCAGUGCUCUAAAAAUGUUCCAUCUGUUUUCACCUCUUCAAUCAGCAGGGAAGGAAGAAAGCAAUAGUUACAUAAAUCAGAAAAAUAAAAAUUAUUUUUUUUUGCAGCGCUGCGAGAAAUUACAUGGAAAUUCAUCUUCUGGCCUUGUAGAAUGAGAAAAGCUUUCUGUAGGUGGCUGCAAAAGUACCUUCUGAUCCUAAGAUUGAAACCUAUUGUUAGGCAUUUUCACUGUCCUUUCCUCCCAAAUAUAUUCUUUGUAAUAAGGAGGGUAUAGAAAAAAGCUCAUGUACAGGGUCUGCAACAACUAUAACUUAUUUAAAAUAUUGACAUCCUUCCCAAAUUUGCAAAGCUUGAGAGUAGCUCUCAAAGGUCCUAUGAACAAUAUCAAAUAAAAUAAGACACAGUAUAAAAUCAGCAGAAAUGAGAAAAGUGUGCAGAGUGAUAGAAGCAGCAGAAUCAGAAAACAUUUUCAGUUAGAAUUCGGUUCUGUGGCAUGCAGAAAGGCCUGGGCAAAUGAAAAGCUCUUUACUUGGUGUCGGAAAAGACAUCAGAUUUGGCACCUGGGAGGGACAUUCUGUGUAUGGACACUACAACUGAGAAAGCUCCCUCCCUAGUUGUUACCUGCCUAACUGCAGAAGGUAUGGGGUGGAACUAGGAAAUCUUAAUAUGAUUAUAUAAUCACAAUAUACUACUAUAAUCUUACUAUGAUUAUAAAAUUGAGCAGAGUCAUGUGUUAGAAGACCAUGGACUCUACAUGACCCUGGACUCUAACUGACGGGUAGGAGGAGUAGAAAAAACAUUUGCUUUUGCAUAGCCAAUAUGUACAUAUCAUCCCAAUAAUUCAAAGAAAGGAAAGCAUAGAAAUGGAUUGUUAAUCUCAAUGGACAGUACCGCAUGGUAUUAGCGCAGCAGCAGAACUGGCUUCUCCUUCUGCUCCUCCUCCCCCUUCAGUUCCCAUGGAUUGGGACUCUGGAGCAAAUUUUGGGGGUCCUCAAAGAGCUGCAUGGCAGGGGAAGCGAAGUCCUAUAGUGUGAGCAAAAGCCUGCUUGUGCAACAUUGGAGAUCACACAAUAUUUUAAUGCACUAAAUCUGUGCUAAAGCCCUUUGGAUGCUCUGUAUUUCAGGCAAACUUUAUAUCCGUAAUUAAGUGUUUGUAAAUCAAAGUUUAUUGUGAGAACCUACAGAGAGGGUCAAUAGUGUACAAAGUGGUGGUAAAUAUCAGAUCCCUGUGGUAUUCUUAAGUAAUGAACACAACAAGAAUUCUCUCUAAGCCUUAAUGAUCAGUUUGCCUGCUAUAUUAAACUCCAUAAUAAUUAUCCUUUUAAUGUAUUCAUUAAUUAUCCUUUAAAUGGCACGUCAAGGCCCUCAGGAAUUGCCGUGCAAAAUUUAGAAGCAGUGUUUACAGUCCUUGUCAACUCUGGUCAGAAAAUCAUGCACCGUUUCUGCUAAGGAGCUAAUGUUGGGUCCUGAAGCUGGAGUGCUCAGCUUCAACUCUGCCAUGUAUGUAACUCUUCAGAUACAUGCUUGAUGUUGCUGAUCUGGAGCAGUCAGUAGCCAGAAGCCAGUUUUAAUUGGGAUUGUGUCCUGGCUCAUUACUAUUCAUAUAUGUGCUUCUCCACUUUUGCCAAAAGGCUGGGUCUGCACGUUCAGGGCUCUUUUAUUUCCACCUCGUGCAAACAUAUGUAUUGGGUACGAAGAGCCUUUUGCCUGCCAGAUGUUGCUGAACUAAAUUUUGCACCAGCUCUAGCAAGCAUGGCCAAGGAUGAUGGGAGUUGUAGUUCAGCAACAUCUGGAGAGCCAGAGCUUCCCCGCACCUGACUGAUACGCUGCCUCUACCUUCUUUUUCCAUCCGUUACUCUUGUUGCAUCUGGCUGGUCACUGCUGUCACUCUCCUUCACCUUGUAUUUGUGCAGAUGUUAAGAUAGCUGCUGAAUGAGAAUCUUUUUUAACCAAUGCAAAGCAAGAUUAGGAGGAAAAAAACAACAACCUAGCAACCCCUCAGUGACAUAGCAAGCAGACAGUUGAAAUAAUAGGGACGCCUACUAUCUCCCUACUGCUCUUAGUGACUGCCUACAUCUGCCUAAUUGUGAAACAAGUUGUCUUUAUAGCAUCCAUCUGCUAACCAAUCAUUUCAGUUUUAAUCAUUAUUAUAUAUGUAUUUUUUAUUUUUAAUUGAGUGUGGGUCACUCUGAAAUUCAUUUGCUGCUGAAGGGCUGGUAAAUUGCCUUUUGCUGCAAUGUACAAAUGGGAAAACUAGGUGUGCAAGGUAGCAUCUUGACUGUUCUUCAUGGGAAAUGCUUAUCUAAUAUAAGAUUCAUAUAUAAUGCAAAGUAUUUGCAGUCUUUUCCAGUUACGAAUUGGGUGAAUUCCAGUCUUUAAUGCCAUAAACAUCUAAUUUUGACACCACAGUGUUGGGGAAUAAUAUACUUGCUGAACUUGCUUCUGCCUACUAGCAAGUUAGCUGUUGGGCAAAGGAGCCUAAUUUUUUUGCGGGGGGGGGGGGCGGGAGGGAAUGUGACAUCCCCACUCAUGCUGAGAACUUCAAAGGCCAAGGUGGUAAUAGUUUAAAACACAGAGUAUCUUCUUCUGUUGAACCCCUUCUGGCCAUCCCCCAUCAGUGUUGGAUUAAGCCAUUAUGAUCCCUGGCAAAGCAGAAGAUCAUUCUUUUAAUUUAUUAAAUAAAUAAUAAAACAAUGGAGAUGGAGCCUGUCCAGUAUUCAGUUGCUGGGGUGUAGGAGCGGGGCAGGAUUCCAAUAAGUAGGAGCUGCCACAUUAAAGGCCUGAUUCCUAUAUAGUAUGGGAACAGGCCUUCUCCCGAAGAACAUAACAAUCAGUAGAAUGAUCAGUAGAAGGGUUGAGACUAUUGUAUCCUGAUCCCAAGCUGUAUAGGACUUUGUACACUCGAACCAGCACCUCACACUUAGCCCGGAAGCUAAUUGGCAGCCGAUGCCAUUCUUUUCUAAUUGGAACCCAAGGGCUAGUAAAUGUAGUUAUUAGACUUUUAGACCGCUUUUCAGGCUAAAAUGCUUCUCAAAGCAGUUUAGAACUAUAUGCAAUGCAAAUCCAAAAAUAAAAUCAUUAAGCACUUAAAUAUCUAGUACGAUGCAGUGUACACUAGCCAACAUUCCACAUACAGUAAAACAAAAAUGGCCUCCAGAGGCCAUGUUUUUAAAAGUAAGUUUUUAAGGCCAAUUUAAAGUUAACAAGCGAUGGGGCUUGCCUUAUCUCACGUGGAACCUAAUUGCAAGAACGGGGAAGCCACCGCUGAGAAGGUCCUGUUCUGUGUAUUCACCAGUAUAAUCAAAACUCCCCGUCCUAUUAUUUGACUCUUCCCCACAAGAGCCAUUGUUUACUAACACAAAGAAGUGCCAUAUGCAUUUUCAUGAACCACCAGAGGUGAGCUGUGAGCAAAAUAUGAGAGGCAAGAGUUAGAAUUAGAAGCUAUUCAAAAUAAUUGGAGCAGUGAGCUUUGGACGGUGUGUUUUAGAUCCACAACCCUGCAAAGAUCUGUUAUCUUAUGGAGGAUGAGGAGGGUCAAUGAUUUCAUCGGAGUACUAAAAUUUAGAUAUAAGAUUCCACAAAGAGUGGGAAGUGGUUAUACCAUAGCAGAGGUGAAAAUAAGCCUGAAGAUAGUAACAAUUGAACAUUCUGGAUUCUCCCCAAAUACAGAAUUCCUCGGCACUAAUGGCCAAAAGAGAAAUAAACCCUUUCUUGGUAGGCAAUAGUUGCUUUUCAUUUAUUUCUAUAUAAUUUAUUUAGAUGUCUCAGCUGUGCCAAAUUACAUAGCUUGGCACAUGUUGAAGCAAUAACUUCAUAAUUAACAUUUAGCAAAUCCCUUUCUGUUUUCUUAAUUACACCUCCUUACACUUGCUCACAGAGUCUGCAUUUCCCUUUACAGCCCUGCCAGUCGGCCCUGCCAAGUAUUUAGAACAUCCAGGUUUUGGUUUUGGAAUUGAGUUUGAAAUGCUAUCAAAAGUGUCUUGUAUCACUGAAUGUUAUCGGAGGCAGUAUUACCCUGUUCGUAAUUGCACUUGAACCUGAUACCCCAGGUUGGCUGCAGAUUAGUUUCCUGUUGGGCUGGCGAAAAAAGCGACUGACCACACUGCCUUGUUCUUUAAUUGCUGGGGUGAAAUUAAAUUGCUCUUCCUGUUUCACUUGUGAUGUGAAGUGGAUUUCCUUGAAUUUGAGCUGAUUAAGAAACCAGCCUCCAAUUUCAAACAGUUAGUCUCCUUAUUAAAUGUAAGGAUCUCAUUUCUUACUUUCUGUUUUCAGAUUGGUCACCCGCUGGUGGAAAAUAUUGAGCGAGAAGCUUUUCAUCUCUCAUCCCGUCUCAUUAGCGCGCCCUACCGCAGGACUGUGCGAGCCCUCGUAUUCGCUUUAAAGCACAAGCCUGAGACGCGGACACAAGUGCAAAGUGGUGUGCUGUCACCUAGCGUGCUUGUGCAAAGCUACAAAAAGUGACUCAAAGGCCUUUUGCAGAAGGGGUGCAGUGGUGGGGAUAGGCAUAACUGUAUUAUGAAGUAAUGGAAGGAAUUACUUCUGUUUCUUUGAAUAUUAGUGAAUACAUUAACCACAUAAUUGUUCAGUACUAUCAGAGAGUGUUUCAGGAUAUCCCUUCAAUGUCAAGUUUUCAUUUGAUGCAAAGGAUGGUUUGCAGUUCAGAGAGUUAAGAGGAACGGGAAAGGAAAUUACUCUACUUUACCUUUAAGCAGCCUGGAAGGUAAUUUCAGCUGGUAAGAGACCAGGUCUUUGUGAUAUUCUGUUCCCAAGAGUGUAUGGCACAAACCUUUGUGGGCUUCAUCACAGGGACUGGCUAGUAUGCUUAAAAGGAGCUCUGGUGACCAAAUGCAUUUAGUUUGUAAGCUGAAGCUUGCUCCACCUGCCAUCCUCCAGCAUCAAAUCACCUCUUUUGCACAUUUGCUCUAUCAUUAUCUGCUCAGCCUUCAUAUCUAUGUACUUUGAAGCAGGGGUAAGGAACCUGUGGCCCUUCCAUCAGCCCCAGCCAGCAUUUUCAGUGAUGGGGUUGUAGCCAGAUAACAUCUAGGUGGGGGGGCACAGGAUCCCCACCCUGCUCUGAAGAAUUGCAUUCUGCAGUGGCUUUUAAGAACUGUGAGUUUACAUUGAGGAGGCAAUAACAUUUGAUGCACUUGGCCAACAAGACCAGCAAGAGCCCGUGGUGGCAUAGGUUACGUUUUACAUCAGUAGCGCCAUGGGAUUAUGCUACCUAAUUGGUCUGAAAGGGCAAGUAGACCUUUUUCUGUGCACUGUUAUGGGUGGGUAUGAAAACAGUUCUGCUGUACGGUUCUGCUGUAUAAUGUACACUGAGGUUCUAGGGGUCCAUAUGCAAAGGCAAAAUAGCAUGAAAUCAGAACAAUCUGAGGAGCAGCCUCUGCCAUCCAAGAUUUCUCUACAGCCUACAAGAGGCUUUGUGCAACAUUCCCAGAACCCUGUAAGCAAGGUGCAGAGCUUGAAAAGCUGUUUCUGCAAAGAAAGAGCCUUUGGAUGGCCCUGCAAAACCUUACAAGGGCUUCCAGAGCCCAGUAAGUGGGAGUCUCCCAUCCCUUUUCUAUUCAUAUAUGCAUAAUAAACUGCCUAAAGCUGUGAUUGCGUAAGGAAAAUAAGUGUAAAUUGCAGUACCGAUGCUUUCAAACCAUCUACCUAAAUAUGUCCUGAACCUUCCUACUUCCUUUUCCAGUACUUUACCUUGUCCUAAAAUGUUACUACCUCAUCCUCACCAGUUGGUCUUUAAAAAAAAACAACCAAUGACAACUCCCCUGCCUCACCUUCAGACUGAUACAAACAAGAAGGUUGUGAGAUAUUGAACUAUAAUUUUCUAGGGGGAGAAAAGGCCUUUUCAAAAGAUGUUGGGUGAAAUUCAGCAUUGCACAAGGUGGCAAUGUCUCCAUCCACCUACACCUCCAAAAAAAUCUGUUCUGGAGAAUCUGUGGAGAUGGUGCUGUAGGAGAUAAGAAUCCAGUUGCAGAAGUCCUUUACACUCAUGCAUGAGUGGUGUUGGACUGCUUUCCCCCACAGAAAUUAAAACAAUAAUUCAGAUCAACUGCAUGUACUUGAAAAGUUUUAACACAGUUCAAAACAGCUUCAUCUUGGUAUUAAGUCUUCUACUAUAAUGUAACGUACUGUGUGUGGUCAAGGCAGCACUGACUUUAAGAACAAAUAGCAGAUAAGCUCUGGACGUUAUAGUGGAGAACAGAGGAGGAGUCGACACAAGACACACUGAAAGAAAGUGGGAGGCUAGAAUACCAAAGUAUAUCAUCAGACGGUAAGUGGGAAUUAAGUCUUUUAAGUGUAUAUUUACAUUCAGAGUGUGUUUAUACAAGUUACUCUGUGAACGAUUUUGCUUUAAAGCAGAGCAAGAUAGUAUGAAAACAAUUAGGACAAAGCGCAAAGGGAGUUCUGCUAGCACUUCUCAUUUAGAUUCCUUCUGUCAAAAGCCGUCCCAGGAAGACUUGAUGUCCGUAAAUGCCUGGCUAAGGGGGAGGUGGGAGUUAAAUUCAGCACAAGUUGUUUUCCUAAGCACACAUAUGGACUAGUUGGAAGAAAGAUGUGAGCACGUUGCAGUAAAACCAAUAUGCAAACAAACAUGAAAUAAGGCAUUUUAAAAAUACCAGGUGUGGGGAGCCUUUGGCCUUCCAGGUGUUGCUGAACUACAACUCCCAUUAUCCCUGGCUAUUGGCCAUGCUAGGUAGAGAUUAUGGGAGUUGUGUAGUCCAGCAACAUCAGGCGGGCCUAAGGUUCCCUACACUAGUUUUAUGCAUACCAUUUCUAUGCCUGUUCCUCAGUUGGUGAUUUUCAGACUACAAAACUGCAGUAUAUUUAAGAUAAGACAAAACUGCCCCUGUUAAGAUGAGAGUUGGAACAAAUAUUACAGCUAAAUAAAAACCACCUGAAAAUAGUUUUACAAUAUAACCCCAAUUUGGAGUAUGUUGGAAAGAACAGCAUGGCUAUAAUAAAAGUUAAGAAGGAGGAUGUUUUCAGCAUUCUUCCUGGCUAGAAUAUAACCAGACAAUGACUCUUCAGGAAAUAUUGUUAUAUUUUGGAAGGGUAAAAAUAGAUACAAUGUCUAAAUUCAGGCCGUGAUACAAGAAACAAUAUAACCCAGAAUGUAGGGCACCAUAUCUAAAAACAACACCCCAUAAAUAGUUUGUGUCCUUAACAGAUAGAAGAACAGUUUUGAAAUGUACAUAUUGGAACAAGGUCAUUUGAAAUCAAUGUGAACAAAGUGUUAAGUGGCUUUUCUGGUGCUUCCUUGCUCUGUUGCAAAAUAAAGGCAUUUUCACUAUGACACUAAAAACUGUUCGCUUUUCCCACACCUGUAAUGUGGGUGUAAAGUUUGCAUUGACUGACAUGCACAUUUGAUAUCAAAAUAAGACUCUUCCACUUUCAAUUCAAAAUAAUGAUACAAAGGCCCAUGAUGCAGUUCUACUGCUGAAGCCAAGCAGGGCAAUUUCUGGCCCGGCAUUCUGCAAAACUGAUCUUAUCCUGGGAACCGUAUAUAAGUUGCUCUUAAGUUCUCUGGCAAGAAGGACGGAGUGCAAACAUAAGCAGUAAGAGUAAAUAAAUAACAUGCCCUGGUACCCACACGUGACAUACAACAAGCUAAAAGAUAGUGUUUGACAUGGGCUGGUUCUUAAAAUGACAUUUUCG